CGGACGCAGGCCCCGGGAUCGGCGGUCGGUGGCCUCGGGUCUGUAGGCUGUGGGGAGCGCAGCGUUCUCGGGGGCGCCAUGUCGUUCUGCAGCUUCUUCGGGGGCGAGGUUUUCCAGAACCACUUUGAGCCGGGCAUCUACGUGUGCGCCAAGUGUGGUUACGAGCUCUUCUCCAGCCGCUCAAAGUACGCACACUCAUCCCCAUGGCCGGCCUUCACCGAGACCAUCCACGCUGACAGCGUGGCCAAGCGUCCAGAGCACAAUCGGCCGGGAGCCUUCAAGGCAAAGAAACUUCUGCCUCCCAGGGGCAGUAGGCGGGCAGCCCACACCCACCCCGGAGGGACACUGCACUAUGGCUACACUCUGGCCACCCACCGUGGAACUGGGACUCCAGACGUUCAGACAGGGAAGGGGGGUUGGCUGAAACAUCAGGAAGGCUCCCGAGGCCUUGGCCUGCACAGAUCCUCCUUGGGAAAAACACUGGUUUGCUUGUACCCGCUGCCGGACGGGCCUGCAGGGCCCAGCUGUGGGCUUACCUUAGCUUUCUGCUUAAACUGGAGUCUGAAGCGGUGGCCUCAGGCUGAGCUCGUCUUUGAAUGACUGUGUGCCCCCACCUUCUCUGUCUGGACUCACCCCUGUGGGGCCCAAUUCUGAGAUGGGCUCUGGCCCUCGCCAAAGCUCGCGCCCAUCUCCCUGGGCUGUUCUAGGAGACAGAAUGUAAAUGGAGGCGGCCCCAGUCGGCUGCUCCAGCCCCCGUCACUGCAUGAUUCGCUCUGGUUAAACCCUUCCAGGCAACCAGAGUGGUGACGAUCCGUGACCCGCUGGGGGAGCAGGCUGAGGGGACGGACUCCUGGUCUCAGCUAUGAAAGGAGAAAUCCUGAACCCGUUUCACAAUCUUUGCGGCUGCAGCUUACCUCACUCAGGCUCCGGAAAGCAGCUAUUGCUUCAUUACCUCGACUGCACGAGGCCGGGACCCCGGGGCUCGCAGGCGACGGGUCACACCUUCCCAGGAGACCAUGACUGUGCCUUACUGCACAUGGUCUGAAGCUCUUGCCAUCUGAGAGGGUGGGUGAUGUGAAGGUCCCCCCAUCUUGAUUCCUCUCUGGAGUUAUCAGGAGGCGAUCAAUAAACAAAGAAAGCCCAGGUCUGCUGUCUGUAUUAACAUCGGGGAUGCCCGGCCACCAGCA